AUCUCUUUCUCGUUCAACAAUUUGUGUGGUCUGUCCUUACGGAUCAGUCUCUUUCGUUCUUAUAGCGCACUCGAUCGAAAUAGUUCACGUUACUGUCGAGUUUGGGGAACUCAACACGAUCUUGCAUUACUCACGACGCGCCGUGCCAUGUCUGGACGUGCUCCUUUUACAGAGAAAGAAGACUCCCUGCUUAUGAAAUACAUUGCGACCUACAGCCCAAGUCUCGCUGGGCGCUGUGGAAACAAACUGUUCCAAACGCUGGUAGAAAACAAAGACCAUAAAUGGGGAUGGAGCAAGUGUCAUCCUUGGCAAGGAUGGCGACACCGCUACAUUAGCAAACAGAAAUCAUUCGACACGCGAAUCCGAAAGUACCAGGACAAGAAAGGACUACCAACCGAGAGCCCAACGUACGGAGCGACCCGAUUGAGUUAUUUGAAGAUGCCCUCUGCUAAAGGGAGUCCCUCCCGCAAGAAGAGGAGACAUUCCGAUGAAGAGACGGACAAUAACGAAAUCGAUAAUGGACAAAGGCCAUCCUCUUCGGUGGCGCCUGCUCGUAAGCGAACGCGCAUUGUUCCCGACAUUAGCACCUUAGAGGAGCCUGUUGACUCUCUGGACGAUUCUCAAGAAGAUGCUCUAGCUACAAUCAGACAACCAGGGAAGCAAGCCAAGGAUGCAUGUAACAACGAUGAUUCCCUUGACGGAGAAGAUCCUUUCAGGUCUCUCCCACCGCGAACAGAACACCAGGGCUCAUCUCUGCCGCCUCCAGCACGAACAAUACCUAAACCUCGUCCGCCACCGAAAGUGAUGAGCAACGGUUUCAGCGCGACGUUUGAGGGCGUUGAGAGGUUCAUUGCUGACGGAUCCAGAAACCAACUUGCAGAGAUAUCAUGGCCACCAAUCCGGCAUCGAACCAAAACUUUUAGCGCAGUGGACCAGACUACAAAGUUUGACUUCGACGAUACGCCUACCGUCCCGAGGAUACGGUCCUCCCGUCCUCAAGCAAAGGCAAUCCCAUCCUCGUCUCGGUUGCAGCUGAUGUCCAGUACCCUUGACUGGGGGUCCCCGGCGCGUUCCGCACCGGGAUUCGGUGACCGUCGCUCACUUGCCCCAAGCCCCAACACACAGGAUGAACAGUUAUCCUCUCCACCCGAAUCAAUGCUGACAUCCGAUGCGAAAAUUAAAGCUCGUUCGGAGCAUCAUGGCCUGCGAUUGGUGUCGCGCGAUGACGUUCGCCGUCAUAGCUUGCCAACUCCACGUCCUCCACAAAUCGAUUUGGAAUUGGCCGUUCCGAACCGAAAGAAACUGGAAUCGUUACCAGCACGCAGCAGGAGCCCCCGUUUCAUUCCAGCAGUGGCAAGACACUCUUCCCUUUCACGGUCCUUGUUUGCCUCUCCUGCCAAACCGACCACGGCCAGAACCCCAGAUGGACCCACCGUCCACGACAGCCACGACGAGCCGCUGAUGCUUGACAUCGCGCGACAAACACUGGGCAAGAUGGCUGCCAACCAUGGCUUCAGUCUUGACGUCGUUCGGAACGUGUUUGCACGCUCGCGCGAUCUAGCGAAGACGGAUACGGUUCUAUUGAGAAUGAGAAGAAAAGCGGAAGAGGUCGGAGAGGCCCAGUUUGGGAACAGCGAGGAUGACCUCAGGCUGUGGUCCGAAGAACGUCAGUCGAGGAAGAGCGUAGCCAGGUCCCCGUGGAGAACUGGUGCUCCCGAGGAAGAGUUUCAUGCGAGACCGUUCGAGCUGAACGCACACCCAUUGGCCGAAACAGAGUACACACCUCCGCACGGAACGCGUGCUGCAGCGCUGAUACGUUUAGCGCGGAAAGGACGUCUGAACGAAGGUGUCAAACGCGAACAGCGGCGAGUCAGCGCGGGGAAAACUGAUCGCUCUCCGCGUUCUGGAUCUCAUUUCGCUCAGGCUGCGUUGCCAUUCCACGAGCUGGCGUCUGCUGAUGCGAAUAUCUUGACCAAGAUGGAACGAGAGGAUCUGCGAUUGAGUAUGUCGACGACGGCAGACGUAGCACGGUAUAUGAGAUCCGGAAUUGAGCCCAGCAUCGAUUAGCAUGUCUUUUUGGCCCUACUUAUGAUUGAUUAUCUGAACCGUGCACUGCCGC